ACAUAACCUGCAAUAAAAUCGUUGCAUGUAAACGUCAUUUACACAAUCCAGUAAAGCAGGCUUUGUUUGUUGAAAUUCAAAGUAGACAUCACUGUUUUUUAUUUUUUAAGCAUUUGAAAUUUUUCUUUUUCUGAUUUUUUAGUAAAACUCAUUGGUUCACAUGAAAUUGCAGUUAUUUAUUAUUAUUCUCGCUCCAAUUUGCAUUUCGGUUUUUGGAAAUCGUUUAUAAUUUGUGAAAACUCACUUUUGCGUGUCGGUGGCUUACAUAUUUUUGGCAAAAAAAACUUAUUCCCUUUCGUACGACAGAAAUGCCUACCGAGAUAAUAACUCUUCAAUUGGGCCAAUGUGGAAACCAAGUUGGCUUUGAAUUUUGGAAGCGGUUAUGCUUAGAACACGGUAUUCAGCCCAAUGGUAAGAUGGUCGAAGAUGCUGGUGAGAUACAUGAUCGCAAAGAUAUCUUUUUUUACCAAGCAGAUGACAACCGAUAUGUGCCACGUGCCAUAUUAUUAGACUUGGAGCCUCGCGUUAUUAGCACAAUCAAAUCCUCGGAGUAUGCCAAGCUUUACAAUGUUGAGAAUAUUUACCUAUCAAAGCAUGGUGGUGGAGCUGGAAAUAAUUGGGCAAGUGGCUAUUCCCAAGGUGGUAAAUUAGGAGACGGAAUUUUUGACACAAUUGAUCGUGAAGUUGAAAAUGCUGAUUUACUUGAAGGUUUCGCUAUUUGUCAUUCCAUUGCUGGUGGUACAGGCUCCGGUGUUGGCUCAUACAUUUUGGAACAGUUAGCUGAUCGUUAUCCAAAGAAAUUAGUGCAAACUUAUAGCGUAUUUCCAAACCAGGAUGAAAUUAGUGAAGUAGUUGUACAACCAUACAAUUCACUAUUAACACUUAAACGUUUGAGUCAAUGUGCAGAUAAUGUAAUAGUGGUAGAUAAUACAGCUUUGAAUCGUAUUGCCGUUGAACGUUUACGUUUGGAAAACCCUUCAUUUACGCAAAUUAAUAAAUUAGUUUCGAUUAUAAUGACUACCAGCACUGCAACAAUGCGGUAUCCAUCGUAUAUGUACAACACUUUAUGUGAAGUUAUGGCACCACUUAUACCGAUACCAAAUUUGCACUUUCUAAUGACGGGGUAUACGCCACUUUGCAUAGAUAAUGUCCAAGCCAUAAGAAAGACUUCGCUUUUAGAUGUCAUGAGACGUCUUUUACAGCCAAGUAGUAUGAUGGUUUCAUGCGAAGCUGAUAAGAGUAAUGUGCAUCGCUUGAUCGGUAAUCUUAAUAUUAUUCAGGGUGAGGUAAAUCCUUUGGAUUUGAAUAAAUGUUUACAGCGCAUGCGUGAGCGUGAAAUGGUGAAAUUCAUUGAAUGGGCUCCGGCAGGUUUGGAGAUUGCAUUUGCUCGCAACUCAUCUUUCAUUCAUAACGAUCAUAAGGUCUCUGGUUUAUUGAUGGCAAAUAAUACAUGUAUUUCUUCGGUAUUUACUAGGGCUUUGGCUCGCUAUGAUAAGUUAAGAAAGCGUGGUGCCUUUUUGGAUCAGUUCAAACGUAUUGAAGUUUUCGAAGAAAACUUGCAGGAGUUUGAUGAUGCCCGAGAGGUUUUAGAAGGAUUGGCAAAAGAAUAUGAAGCGGCAGCUAGUCCUAAUUAUUUACAGCUUAAGUCAACUUAAUUUAAUUUCAAUUUCGUAAUUAUUUACUUAUAAUUGCGGUUUGUUUUUUAUUUAGUAAUACGUUAAUGUAUUUUUUUUUUGCUAUUAACCAAAUGAUUGCAUAUUCCUCUGUUAAAGCCCAAAUUGAUUUCAUUUAUAAUU